CUGGCCUUCAAAAGCGCGAACCCAAAUUAGCACCGUAGCCGUCGCCCAUCAUUCGUUUCGCGAGGAAAAAAUAGCUGGGUACUUUUCGACAACCUCUGCAUUUCUCCUCCACUGUUUGCGUGACCACUCUUUUUCUAUUUUAUCUUUGCCUUUAUUUCUUCAUUUCCUGAACGCUCAUUUCACAAAGAUGGGAGGAGGUACACGGGCUAGCAGCAAGCCUGGCAGCAAUCGGUGGACAGCCGGGCCGCCGCAAUUCAGCAACCGCCAAGGAAAGGCCAGCGAGCAGACAGCCAAGCCUGCAGCGCGCACAGCAAAGGCCACGGACACAGUCGCCAACGGGCCCGGGUUUAUCGAGGGCGAGCCCAUGGAGCAAGUCAAUGCAAUGAACCAGCGGCUCAUAUUCCUUCUGUCGUUCCUUGUCGGCACCGAGGUCGCAGUGGUGACGCGCACAGUGACGUACCAGGGAAUCCUGGACUCAGUCAAUCCGACAGACGCGCAGAGCGUGGUGCUCCGGUACGCGUACACGGUGGGCGCCAGCCGCACCAUCCCGCCAACAGACACGCUGGUGAUCAACGGUUCCGAUUGCCUGUCGAUCAGCGGAACAGCCGGGUUCGACCACGAGGUCAAGGAGACGACCCGCACAGGCUUCAAGACCGACACGGACAUUAGCCGGGUUGGCGAGACCGGCGAGCGCGAACUACACCGGUGGGUGCCCGACGAGGGCGACGAUCUGGCGCUCGAGUCGCUGGACGCGUCGGGCGGCUCGUGGGACCAGUUUGCCACCAACGAGCGACUGUUUGGGCUGACGACGGACUUUGACGAGGAGAUUUAUACAACCAAGCUUGACCGGUCGAGCGCCAAGUACAAGGAGCGCGAGCGCGAGGCUGUGCGGAUUGCACAGGAGAUCCAGAACGCGCCGUUCAUGAACGCGCACGUGGCCGAGGAGCGCCAGGAAAUCACCAAGGGCGAUGACGGCAUGGAUGAGGAAGACCGGUACGGUGCGGUUCUGCGACCUGGCACCAAGUACGUGCCGCCAUAUCUGCGUGCCAAGGAGGCAUCUGCCGAUCAGUCCGCUGAGCCAGCCCGCCGGAGCUCCGCCACACCCCAGCCACAGCCCGAGGUGGCCGGUGUGGCGGUCCAUGGGUCUGCGUCAGCGCAAAGCAAGCUCAGUGAUGCGCCCAAGCCGGCACCCAAUAAUGCUGUGGCAGCAGCGGCCUUGGCCAAGCUCAACAUCCGGAUGACUGGACACACGCCGUCGCCCAAGACCGACGCCAUGUCAAGCAGCGCGUCGGCGUCGGCAUCGCCCGAUCCUGGAGCCAGCACACUCCCAGACCCGGCGAUUGCUGCGCUGAGCCCACGCAUCAGCGGACAGUCAAGCAAGCUGGCCAACCUGCGCGGAAUCAAGGACCGUCCCGAGAUUGCGGCGCUGAACAAGCCAAUGGCAGAUAUUACGGAGAAGCUGAACUCGGAGCGCGAACGCAUCCAGCAGCGCAAGCAGGCGGUGCUGAAGACACGCAUGUCGGAGCUCGUCAAGUUCCACCACUCGUUCAAGCUGAGCAGUCCGAUGCCAGACGAUGUGGCAGAAAUUGUUGGAGCCAAGAAGCGCCAGCCGUCGCCAAAGGCUGCUGAGGAACCGCCCAAGAAAGCAGAGGAGACCAAGAAGCCGGUAGAGGAGGGGAAGAAGCCGGCGGAGACCAAGAAGCCGGUAGAGGAGGGGAAGAAGCCGGCGGAGACCAAGAAGGAAGAGCUCAAGCAGGCCGAGGAGCCAGUAAAGGCUGAGGAGCCAAAGAAGACCGACGAGCCAACGAAGACCAGCGAGGCAAAGAAGGCCGACGACAAGAAAGGCUUCAAAUUCAACGCCAAGGCAGCGUCCUUCAAGCCCAGCGCCUCGGCCACGCCCUUUGUGCCCAAGGCUGCGUCGAAGCCUGUCCAACCCGAGUACAACCUGUUCUUUGGCCGACGCAUGCUCGACCGCACGCCCAAGGCGCUGUGGGGUGGGUCGUUCAAGAUGACACCCGGUAGCUCUCCAGACGACUCCUCGCCGACAUGGCCGUUCGGGUCGCGUCCGUACCGCAGCCAGUACGGCUUUGACGAGCCCGACCCCAUGAUGAUGUAUGCCCAGCAGUACGGCAUGCCGCAGGGCUACUAUGGCUACAUGCAGUACCCGUACCAGCAGCCGCCGAUGAUGGCUGGCGGCCCACCACGCAUGCCGACAUCGGCGCCCUACUCCACUCCGCCCUACGGAAUGCCGGCGUAUGCACCGAACCCGUAUACAUCGGCGCCCAGCUACCCGUCGCCGAUGAUGGCCGCUGGGCGCUCGCCGGUGAUCUCCGCCGUCAACGGCCCGACGCCGCCCACAGCCCACCCGCUGCCGCACGUGCAGGGCAGCGGAUCGGGUGCCAGCAGCGCACACAUGGCUACCACACCUGAGAUGGGACCAGCGGUGCCGCCCACGCCGCCCAUGCUCAGCAGCCAGCAGCACAUGGCCAGGACGGGCGCCGAUAGCCCCAGCGUCAUGUAUGGCAACGUCCCGCCUGUGCCUAUGGGCAUGGUGCCGCCGAUGCCGUUCAAUGGCAUGCAGCCUGGGUAUAUGGGCCCCCCGCCGCCGCAGGGGUACCCGAACAUGCCGAUGCCCAUGGGAUACCCGCAGUACCCGCCGCAGACAUACGGUGCGUCGCCACCCGGCAUGGUCAUGAUGCACACGCCGCCGCACCCGGACCAGCAGGGCCAGGCGCCGCCGCCACCAGGCUACUGAAUCUGCUCUUCUCCUCCAGCCCGGAUCUUCCGGCGCCCAGUGCUUACCUAAAACAAAACUCACUAUAAAAAAUCCAAUAAACACCACUCCCAAC